ACUUGUUAGGGCAUUUUGCGCUUCACCUACGCCGAGCUCCAGCCGGAGCCACCUCCGAGCAGCCGGACAGGAUGGCCUGCGCCUCCCAGGACGACCUCGCUUUCCUCUCCGGUGGGAAGCUCGUGGCCCACCUCGCCACCACUUGCCGCAGGGCCGACUUCGAGGCUGCCGCGCACGUCCUCGCUGAGCGGGACCGCAAGUUUGCCGAGGACGAGGCUGCACUAAAGGCCGUGCUUGCCGACCUUGACGCUGCGAGGGCGCGUGAGCGCGAGGUCGCCGAGGCUAGGUCCAAAUUGGAGGCCGCUCUCACGGAGGCUGACAUCCUGCGGAAGAAGUGUGAGGUGGCCCUGGACGCACGCCGCCUGGACAAUGCGAAAGAAAUGGCGCUCCUGCUUGGGGCUGCCACUCCGGACACGAUAUAUCAGGACGAGCCACGUGGGGAGGCGAACAAGGGGGAGGUGAACAGCCCUGACAUAAUUGGCCUCAACGGGCUUGGUUGCUGUCCGGCCGAGGAAGGGGAGAUGCUGGAGAGGCAAGAGAGAGGCGAAGGCGGCGGGGUGGAACAUGGCGGAGGAAGGGGUGGUGCAAGAACGGAGAGGCAGAAGGCGGCGGAGGAAGGGGAGACGCGAUGGCGCUCAUUGAGCGAGCUGUGUGCCGCUCAGGAUGGGCAGGGUGAGGGAUCAAGCAAGAAGGCAGUAGAGAAGAAUCGAGGGAUGUCGCUGGGCUAUGCUGAGAAGCUGUCGUACCGGGAGGAUUUGGGCAGCGUAGGCAUGCCUGAGAUGUUCGACUCCCCCAAACUCCUCCAAGGAAAGAUAGAAGAGCUUGCAAUUAUGGUGCAAAAGAGUAAGCAUUUUGUGGUGUUUACCGGAGCAGGGAUAUCAACAUCAUCAGGCAUACCUGAUUUCCGAGGGCCAAAGGGUGUGUGGACUCUGCAGCGUGCAGGAAAAGGUGUUCCUGAUGCUUCACUCCCAUUUCACCGAGCAGCUCCAACCUUGACACAUAUGGCACUAGUUGAGUUGGAAAGAGUAGGACUCCUAAAGUUUGUCAUAAGCCAGAAUGUUGACAGCCUACAUCUGCGUUCUGGCUUCCCAAGGGAGAAGCUGGCUGAACUGCAUGGGAAUUCUUUCAAGGAGAUCUGCCCAAGCUGUAAAACAGAGUACCUACGUGAUUUUGAAAUAGAGACAAUAGGACUGAAGGAUACCCCGAGGCGUUGUACUGAUAAGAAUUGUGGAGCUAGAUUAAAAGAUACAGUUCUUGAUUGGGAGGAUGCUUUGCCCCCUGAAGAGAUGAAUUCUGCCGAGGAGCAGUGUCGAGCAGCUGAUCUUGUCCUAUGUCUAGGAACUAGCUUGCAGAUUACUCCUGCAUGUAAUAUGCCUCUGAUGUCUAUCAAGAAUGGGGGGAAAGUGGCUAUUGUUAAUCUUCAGGCAACUCCGAAGGAUAAAAAGGCAAGCCUUGUCAUCCAUGGGCUUGUGGAUAAGGUCAUUGCUGGAGUGAUGUGCAUUCUGAAUCUGCGCAUCCCUCCAUAUAUACGUAUUGACUUCAUUCAGCUUCUUCUUCGGCACACAGUCAAAAAGAAAUGUGUAAGAUGGACUCUGCGGGUAACAAGCAUUCAUGGCGUGCGAGCACCACUGUCAUUUCUUCAGUCAAUCGAGGUUUCCUUUCCGGAAAGACCUGACAUGAAACCUGUAGUACUUAUGGAGCAACCAUUUUCUUUGCAGAGGGAAACAUCGAUGACUAGCAAAUUUUUCAUGUUGCUGACAUUGAACUUCAGUGAUGGUUGUGGCUGCUCUAGCUCAUCAAUUGAAUGCUACGUUAAUUUUCAGAAUCAAAAGGAGAGCUUUGUUAGAGAUAGAGGCCUAGUACUGCAGGAGUUGAAGUGUACUGCAGAGCGCCAGUGUUGUGCUGGACAGCAAUCUAUUCUUGAAAGGGAGAGUCUGCCACGAGCCGAGACAUCUAGACAUGCGUUUGUGACCAACAUUGUGAGAUAUGACUCUGAAGAUUCCGAAGAUCUCAAGGGGGCAGAGCCCAAGGGUUCUUGUAUGGACAGCAGCAGCAACCUUACGAAACGGCACAUGGAAGGCCCUAGUGGCUGCUCGGUGACACAAAAGAAGCUCAAGAGCUAACCAUCUGUGUCUAGUUCUCUGGUCUUUGUUUUGAGGGAGUUGUCUGACUUAGUAGAUCUGGGAGAAGAUUGCAAUAGCGACGAUAAGGUGCAGCAGAGUUACAUGAAUGAAGGAAGAGAAGGUAGAGCAAACUUGGUGCAUAGAGAAGCGACCAUCCCAAGGGAAAGUGGGAAACUGGUUGAAAUACUUAGAUUAUAAAGUAGUAGUAUUUCUGUGUCGGGUUCUCUGGUUCAUUUUUGAAGGAGUUAUUUGACUUUGUAGAUGUGUGAGAAGAUUACAAUAGCAAUGGAAGGUGCAACGGAGUUAGAUGAAUGAAGUAAGAAAAGGUAGAGUAAACUUGGUGCAUAGCGAUGAGACUCUCUUGGGAAACUGGUCGAAACGCUAGAAUGUAUCCUCCUGUAAAGCUCUCGGAGUUGAGGAACUUCUGAAAUACUUGGUUGGUAGUGCUGUUUAUCUUAUUUU